AUGUCAGAGCCUCACUCGGCAUCUGGACUUUUGGAAAGUGUGGAGAAUAGAAUUUUCCUCGAGCUGCAUCCCACAUCACUGUCUAUGUUAGUGGACUCUUCUUCUGGCCAUCUAUGGAAUGUCUACAUCUAUGUGCCCAUCUUCCUCAGCCUCUUAGCCUUUCUGCUUCUGCUGUUAAUCACUGCCCUCCAGAGGCUCAAAAAUAUCAUCUUCUCCAGUUCCUCCUACCCAGAGUAUCCAAGUGAUGCUGGAAGUUCCUUCACCAACUUAGAAGUCUGUAGAAUUUCCUCUCAAAGGUCCACUUUUUCCAAUCUUUCAUCCUAA